CAGGUCCUUCCACCUUCCUGACCUAAUCCUCACAACACUACCUUCUCGGUAUCUGCAUUAGCUCCCGACUCGACGUUUCAAUCCUUCCUCUUCAUUUCGUGACGACUGAGAAGAUUUUUGACAAGAAAAAAAAAUGGACGCCACCGAAGUUCACGAAGCCUCCGUCGGUGUCGACGAGACCAUGACCGAUGCGUUGAGCCCUGUGGGCGACGCGGAAAUGAUCCCCAAGACAGAGGAGGAGUAUGCGCAGUCGAUGCUGACUCUGCGGGCGAUUGUCUCGUCCAAGGAAGCCGGCGUCAUCAUCGGCAAGGCCGGGAAGAACGUUGCGGAUCUGCGCGAUGAGACCGGCGUCAAGGCCGGAGUGAGCAAGGUGGUGCCAGGCGUCCAUGACAGAGUCCUGACUGUCACCGGACCUCUACAAGGCACUGCUAGAGCCUACGCGAUUGUGGCUAAGAGUCUGCUUGAGGGUGCUCCGCAGUUGGGAAUGGGUGGAAUCGCUGCCAACAACGGAACCCACCCUAUCCGUCUCCUCAUCUCCCACAACCAGAUGGGCACCAUCAUCGGGCGCUCGGGCUUGAAGAUCAAGCAUAUCCAGGACGCGUCCGGGGUACGGAUGGUCGCACAGAAGGACAUGCUGCCGCAAUCCACCGAGCGGAUCGUCGAGGUGCAGGGCACUCCCGAAGGUGUGGAGAAGGCCAUCUGGGAGAUUGGCAAGUGUCUCAUCGACGAUUGGCAGCGCGGUACUGGAACAGUCCUCUACAAUCCUGCGGUCCGCGCCUCGCCGGUUGGCACUACGGGGGCUCCUGCGGCCAGCAACUACGGCAGUCGCCCCUACAACCGUACGGGUAACGGCGCCGAUUUCAGCGACCAGACCGGGACCUACACCAACCGGCGGUCGAACUCGGAUGCCGGAAACCGGGGUUAUCCCCUGGUCACCGAGGAUGGUGAGGAGGUUCAGACCCAGAACAUCAGCAUCCCUGCAGACAUGGUCGGAUGUAUCAUUGGUCGCGGAGGCAGCAAGAUCACCGAGAUCCGUCGGAGCUCUGGAGCUCGCAUCUCCAUCGCCAAGGCCCCUCACGACGAGACGGGCGAGCGCAUGUUCACCAUCAUGGGCAGCGCGCAGGCCAACGAGAAGGCCCUGUAUCUCCUGUACGAGAACCUCGAGGCGGAGAAGACCCGUCGGAGCCAGCUUCCCCAGGAAUGAUUGCCCAGCAUCCACCCCCCUCCCUCAGUUCCGUUUCCCUUUGUCAUGACUGGCGUCAAAAGGAUAUGCUGGACUGCUGUUGAAUGUCUCUGCGCUCUUUGUUACUCUCUCUUCCAUCUUCCAUCUUCUCUCGCGUUUCCUUGAAUUUCUCUCCUCGGACCUUUUUUCUCUCUUCACCCCUCCCCCCCACCUUUUUUUUCUUAAAAAAAAAA